AUGGACGGCCUCAAUAAUCCCUCAGAUGGCGCGAGGGCAACAUACUUGCCACCAAAACAAUCCGCAUCAUUUUCGUGUGUCGUCUGUCACAAUCGGAAGGUCAAAUGCGAUAGGCAGGAACCAUGUUCAAAUUGUGCAAAAGCAAAAGUGGAGUGUGUCUACCGUCCUCCCCCACCACGUCGUCGCAAAAGGGGCCCUGAGAUAAAUGGGAGUGUGUCACAAGAACGCGGAAAAACUGCUAGACGCAAUGCGGAAGCUGUCGGAAAUGCUUCUGCCAUUCAGAGACUUCCAGAUGGGGAAGGGUACGGGGCUGAUCCAAAGAAAAGUGGAUCUGGGAGGAUGAUCAUGAAAGAUGGCAAUUCUAUCUACCUCGACAACAAUCUAUGGACGAGUGUCAGCAAUGAGCUUCCAAAUGCAGCAGACGUAUUGGGAGAUAUAUCGGAUACAGGCACCGAUGAUUAUGCCCAGGACGUGAACGAUGAGUACACAAUACUCUCGACCUCUAUGACAAAGAACAUUCUCACAGAAUUCCACCCGAGUCCCCUCCAUAUCUUCAAAUUGUGGCAAACAUUUCUCGAGAAUGUGAACCCAUUGACCAAGAUUAUACAUGCGCCAACUAUCCAGCAACAAAUUUUAGAAGCCACGAGUGACCUGCGAACAGUAAGCAAAGAACUUGAGGCAUUGAUGUUCGCGAUUUACUGUAUUGCAUUGGUCUCUAUGCAACCGGUGGAGGCCGAAAAGUCAUUCGGAGAAAGCAAGAGAGCCCUCUUAGCAAAAUACAGAAAAGGAGCCCAGCUCGCUUUCAAGAACGCGUCGCUUCUUCGCACAUCGAGCCUAACGGUGCUUCAGGCGUUCAUGCUCUAUUUGUUGUGUAUGCGUGCAUUUUGCGAUACGCAUACAAUCUGGACGCUAUGUGGAAUAGCAACACGUAUUGCGCAGCGAAUUGGACUCCAUCGUGAUGGCUCCACUCAUGGAUUCUCAGUCUUCGAGACAGAAAUGCGUCGCCGCGUUUGGUUCCAGCUCAUGAUAAUAGAUGCCACCUCCGCCCAAUUCUGUGGUGUCGCAUCAACUCCCCUUCCAGCUACAAUCGAUGUGCGACCACCCAUGAAUGCAAACGAUAGCGAUCUCGACCCUCGAAUGACUGAACCAGCCUGCGAGAAGCAAGGCCCGACAGAAAUGAUAUUUGUUCUGGCUCGUAGCGGAUUUGGAGAAUGGCUACAUCGUUUGUCAAAUGAAAUAGUUGGUUCUAAUACUGGGCCGUGGGCAUAUCUAUCAUCUUCGCUGAGGGCCCUGGAAGACAAAGACAAAGCGAUUGAUGAGCUCGAGGAUCUUAUGGAAAAAAGCUUCCUUUGCCACUGCGACAAAUCAAUCCCGCUACAUAUGGCAACCAGAAUGAUGGUGCGUUCAGCUAUACACUAUACCCGACUGAUGGCGCACCACCCACGCCAAUACCAGGAUCCCAACAAUAGUGUUUCCACGACAGAGAAAGAUAUCAUAUUUGAGCAUUCAUUCAAAAUGACGGAAUAUGCCGACUACGCCCAAAACAACCCAGUGGUCCGGAAGUUUUCGUGGCACACUGUCAAUCAUAUGCCGUGGGACGCCAUUAUUUUCAUGCUUUCGGAGUUACGGCACCGGACUGACUUUAGCGAAAAGAGCCAGGUCUGGAAACUGAUUGGAAGCGUGUAUUCCCAGCAUGUACGCGAAAUGGGCAACAAAGCUUCCACGCCUCUUCAUGUCGCUAUACAAAGUUUAAUGGUCAAGGCCUGGCGGGCAUACAUUGCAGAGUGUAACCUCAAAAAUCACGCACCGGUACCUUGUCCUACGAUUGUUGGGCCUUUGCUCACUACUCUACCGGGGUUUUCCGACUCGCAACCCCCCAAGAAAACUAUUGAAGCCGUCGAGCCUGGCGAUGGGUCACAUGCGCAGUCCGACCAAGAGAUGGGGAGUUUCAAUUUCAUCCUUAAUGACAGCCCGAUGGAUUGGAAUGAAUGGGAUAAUCUACUGAGUCAAUUCCAGGGAUCUUUGGCAGAUGACGCAACUUAUCAGACCUGA